AUGACACCAGCACCAGCAAACAAGGACAGGUGCGAUUUUGAUCUGCCUCCACUCUGGAUUGAUUUAAAUGUUCCGAAAUCGGACGUCGAUUCUUCAGAUUCUGAUUUUGAACCGGAUGAUAAGCUACAUUCGCAUUAUAAAAGUGACUCAUUCGAGGAAGCUUUUGUUUGUGAGAAGGUGACGAAACGUGAAUCGGAGAGUCCUACCCCCAACAUGCUGGCGCACACCCAACGGACACAAAGACCGCCGUCUCCACCGUGGCCGGAAGUGACUCCGUUCGAUUUCAGCGUCCAUGGGUAUAGUGAAUGGGAGCGUGAAGAGGCUUCACAUUACACAUUAGUUGAUGUUUCUACAAUUUUUCUCAGAAUGUAA